UUUUUCGUGGUGGAAAAAAGUUAUCAUAAGUUGUUUUCAUGCCAGAGUGAAAAAGUCACGUUUGUUAGUCUGCUCGCAGGGGGGAUUGCUUUGAAGCCGCUCAAGUCGCCUUAAAGGGAACAGAACCUCGUCCGGAUGAUGAGUAAACCAGGCCCAGUUCAGAUUGUCACGGUGUGUAAGGAGGAGCACUCCUUUACUUUGGACCAGGAGGCUUUAGCUCGGGUUUUGUUGGCUCCUGAGGUCCGAGACAAACAUGUGGUGGUUCUGUCAGUGGCUGGAGCCUUCAGAAAGGGCAAGAGCUUCCUGCUUGACUUCAUGCUCCGUUACAUGUACAGGAAGGGCGAUGAGAACUGGCUUGGUCUGGAUGAUGAGCCACUGACGGGGUUUUCAUGGAGAGGCGGUUCAGAACCUGAGACGACAGGCAUCCAGCUGUGGAGCGAAGUCUUCCCUGUCCGAAAGAGCGAUGGGACAGAGGUGGCAGUGGUGUUGAUGGACACUCAGGGUGCCUUUGAUAAUCAGUCCACUGUGAAGGACUGUGCCACCAUCUUUGCCCUCAGCACCAUGACCAGCUCCAUACAGAUCUACAAUCUGUCCCAGAACGUACAGGAGGAUGAUCUGCAGCAGCUACAGCUGUUCACAGAGUACGGUCGUCUUGCCAUGGAUGAGAUUUUUCUGAAGCCCUUUCAGUCUCUGAUGUUCCUGAUCAGGGAUUGGAGUUUUCCAUACGAAUAUGCGUACGGGUUUAAAGGAGGCAAUGAGUUCCUGGACAAAAGAUUACAGGUUAAGGAGGCCCAACAUGAGGAGCUCCAAACAGUGAGAGAGCACAUCCACUCAUGCUUCACCAACAUUUCCUGCUUCUUGUUGCCUCACCCUGGGUUGAAUGUUGCCACCAGCCCCUCUUUUCAGGGACAACUCGGUGAUGUGGCCACGGAGUUCCGAGAUCAGCUGCAGAGCCUCAUCCCUAAACUGCUUCAUCCGGAUCGUCUGGCUGAGAAAGAAAUUAAUGGAAACAAAGUCACUUGUCGUGGCCUGCUCGAGUACUUCAAGGCUUACAUCAAGAUUUACCAGGGAGAGGACUUGCCACAGCCAAAGACGAUGCUCAUGGCUACAGCAGAGGCUAAUAACCUGGCAGCCGUGGCAGCAGCCAAAGAUCAGUAUUACAAGAACAUGGAGAAGGUGUGCGGGGGAGACUUGCCCUAUGUGUCUCCUGACUCUCUGGAAGAAAAGCAUGACUUUAACAUCCGAGAGGCUGUUCACACCUUCUCCUCCACCAAGAAGAUGGGGGGACAGGAGUUUUGUGACCGUUACCAAACACAGUUGGAGAAGGAGCUAGAGGAAAUGUGGCUUUCUUUCAGCAAGCACAACGAGUCCAAAAAUCUCUUUAGUGCUUUCCGGACACCUGCAGUGCUGUUUGUCCUGGUGUGCCUCCUCUACGUGCUGUCAGGUGUGUUGCUCUUUGUCGGCCUCUCAACCAUCGCCCUGGUGUGUGACUGCACCCUGGGUGUUGUCAUGAUGGCCAUGCUGACAUGGGCCUUCAUCCGUUACUCUGGUCGAUACCAUACUGUGGGAGGAGCCAUCGACCAGGCCGCAGGUGUUGUCCUGGAGCAGGCCACCGUGGUGUUGAACAAGUCGAGAGGAGCAAGCACCAUUGACCAGAAGAAAUCCAGUUAGAGGACCUAUGAACCUUCAUAAUCUUGAUGCAAUGCAACCAGCACACAACACAAGCACACACUCAGCACUAAAGCCUUAUCAUGCCUCCCAUUGAACAUCAACACAAGGUAAACAGUUGACUCACCAGCAUCUUUAUUAUGCAAGUCCAGGCUUACAUAAAGGUGACUGGAUUCACUGGAGUCAAAUCAUCUGAAUCCCUGGAAGUGAUUCUUCACGUCUUUAAUUGAUACUGCCAUCAUUUGACACGUUUACAAUUGGUCUUAAAGACAAGUCAAUGUUUACCUUUUAAACGUACACAACACUUAAAUCUUUCUUAUUUAGCUCAAUGCAUCUGGACUUUGCUUGAUAUUGUUCAGACGAGGGCAGUCAGGGUGCUUCUCAAAUAAAGCUUCUGCAGUUUAUCUUUAGAUAACUACCUUUUGAACUGCUGGCUUUAAAGCUAAAACAUUUAUACAUGUUUCUUUGUGGCUUUAUUUUUUUUUUACUUUGUGGCCUUAAAGACAUUCCAUUGUGUUUGAUUUUGCUUUAUAAAUAAUAUAAACUUGCAUAUCUAAAAGGGUGAACUUUCACUGCUUUGAGGGAGGAGAGGAUACGCACUUUCUAUAUUGCUCAGUAGGUUUUGGUAGCUGCAUUUCAUGAGGGUUCAGUUGAAUCUCAUUUGUUUCAGAUUCUUUGCAGUUUAUUCUUGAUGGAUUUUUGUUACACUUUUUACAUUUUGAUACUAAAUGCUACACUCUUCUAGAGAUAUUAUAAAGAAAAAUAUUUAAUGUGUAAAAUGUCCCAGGUCCAAAGAUGAAGCUUAGAGUACUUAGAGGUGUUGAGCACCCGUCAAAAUAAAACUAGUAACCAAUCAGCCAAAGAGUCAGCUUUGACCUACUACUAUUAGCACUUUAUACCUCAGAAUGGUUCAAACACAAAGGAUGUAGUGUUGACUAUAGGGGUUUAGUCCUUUUGAAAGUUACUACAAUGAAUCCAUACAGAAAACAUAGUUUAAACACAACGCAAAAAGAAGCAGCUUGGAUAAAAAUCACGAGAAAUAAGCAGAAGAAACGAUGGGAAAACGGGACUUUGAUUUUUGUAACUUAGGUUCUGAACAAAUGUAGCACUUCUGAUCAUUAAUCUGAAUGGAAGUGAAGAUUACUUGUGACCCUCUUGAAGUAAUUCCCUAAUGUAAUGUUCUAAGUGACCAUUUAUAGGCUGUGCAUCCAUAGAUACAUAUUCUCCAGAAAUGUUUACAUCUGAUCUCAAGUCAACUUAAAAAAAAAAGAAUGGCAAUGUCAAACUUCUUUUUGAUCUUUAUGACUAGUUUUUUUUUUUUUUGCUUUCUGGUGAUCUAUAGAUAGGUAUUGAUGGUUUUUGAUCCAGCUUGAAGUAGUUGCACGUUUGGUUCAGAGAUUUGCUUUAAAUUACUUGUAAUUGAUAUUUGCAAAAUGAAUAUGGAAAGGGGCUGAGUUGUGUUCUGAAUUCCUGUUAACUAACCUGCGGCCAUUUAACCUUUCAGGCGUGUAUUUUUCCCCAAAAACAGUCACGAAGGGAAAUUAAAAAGGCUCCACAGUGGAUUUAUUAGGUUUGUGGAGCCAAACAUGGAUUCUCAUACUAACUCAGAAUGAAUCAGGCAUUGGAUUAAGGUCUCUUUACAGGAUGAAAGGCAGGUUCUUUCUUUCAAACACAUUGGAUUGGAGGAGUGGAAUCGUGAGCAUUUACUUAGUAAAAUUGACUUUUUAAAUGCCAAAAGAUAGUGUGACCUGAGACUAAAAGUAGCAUCCCGUAGUUUGUAAUAAUUUUGUAAUGUGCACUUAAAAAUUCAAAAUAAUUGACACAAAUACAACUGCUAAAUGGAGCUUUAACCUUGCAGUGAUUCCAUGAUACUGUAGGUAAAAGUCAUAAGAAUAUGAACCAAACCAGAGGCAUGGGAAUAUUAAGGAUAAGACUCCCUUGAUUUCCAUGAUUUCUGAGCAUCACAUAACACAUUCCAUGUAUGUCUCUCUCCACAAGAGGAGGAGAUUUCAAGAUGUACAAGCAUUUUAUUUUGCACUUUCCCUCCUCUCUGGUGCUUUUUGCACACAGCUCAUUCCUAAAUAAUUGAAAUGCAUGCAAUAUUGUUAAAAAGGAACUCAUGUCUUGCAGGGCUAUGGUGGCCUUGAGUUGCGAAAUACUGAUUUUAUAAAGAAUAAACAGAGCUUGAAAAUG